UCAGAAUCAAAGAUCUAAUCUACAUCUACAUUCACACCUACAUCUAUCAGUAUCCUAUUACAGGAAUAAGCAAAGAAGAAGAUGGCAUCCAACACCAACCCCGGAAACUUCGCCAACCGGAGCCACGACGAAGUGUCCGACAUCGCCAAGAAGGGCGGCCAGUCGUCGCACUCGGGUGGAUUUGCCAGUAUGGAUCCUUCUAAGCAGCGCGAUAUCGCGUCUCAAGGUGGUCAGGCGUCCUCUGGUAGUUUCCAGCCUGGGGAUCCGAGAGCUCGCGCGGCGGGACAAAAGGGUGGUUCGAAGAGUCAGUAUGAUCAGGAGGCUCCGGAGGAGUAAAUUCAUCCCUUUUGGAUAUGAUGAAGGCAAUUGGGUUAUAUUAUCCAUUGGAUUUGGCUGAUGUGAUGAAUGUUUAUGGGUUAUGUAUUUGAAAGUGGUGUGAUUGACACCUACAAUAUGAUAGUAAAUAAUCUAUGUGAAAUGUAUCAAGUGUGGUCUACAA